AUGAGUCGCCGCCGCCCGCAGUGGACGCCGCUGCCCGUCGACGAUGCCGCGCCCCAAGAAGGACGGCGCGCCCGAGCCCAAGAGGCGGAGCCGGAAUGGCUGCUGGUGAAGCUCCGCGCUCGAAGACCGCCGUGCAAAGCCCGCAAGGUCAAAUGCGGCGAGGAGAAGCCGCGCUGCCUGAACUGCGAGCGCCAGGGCGAGACGUGCGACUACUCGAUCCGCCUCAACUGGGGCGGCCGCUCCAAGCGCUCGCUCGACGACGGCCAGCCCGCCAGUCCCGCCGUCCACUUUGACCACUUCUCUGCCUCGGGCCCGUCCGCCGCCAGCCAUGUCCGCUCGCGCUCGAGCACCGCCGCCGAGCCUGUGUCGUCCGCAGAGCCACAGGACCGCGCUACCGUGUCCAGCAGGCCUCCCGCCCAACACCACCAUCCGUACGGCCGCCAUGGCGGACCUGUGGCCCUGCGCCGCUUGUCCGCCGUGCCCGUCGACCCCCGCCUACAGCCUGUCCAAACACGCACGAGUGUCGACUAUCCCCCCCCUCCAGCUGCCGUCGACGGUCCCUACGGCACCACCGCUCUGGCCGACUUCGCGUCCGGCUCUCCCAUGCUGCCCCCGCUCCGGAUGAAUCCCCCAGCCAGCCCGCCCGCCGCCACCCCCCUCGAGCACCGUACGAAACGAGUGCGGCUGAGUCCGACUAACGACUCGCCGAAUGCAGCCCCUGGGACAGCAGACGCGCCAUCGCCGUACUCGAUGGCUCCCGCCACGCCCUAUGGCUCGUUUGUUGGAACACCGCUGACCCCGGGCUCCUCGGUUGCGUCCGACGAGAGCGCGCAGAAGUCUGGCCCGAGAACUUUGACCGCUCCGUACCAGCCGUCGCCCGACCCGCGCCGGCUGUCCGUGAGCGAUCUGCUCAUUGACGGCAGCCACAGCGGUCCUUCCGGGCGUGGACAGAGCUCCCAUUAUCCGAAUUCGGACGUCAAGUCUGAGACCACCACGUACGGAUACGAUAUCGGCCAGCCCGAUCUCGACAGCCCGCGAAACGACGAUAGCGGUGCCAUCGCACUUUUCAGUCCCCCGGUUUCCUACUGCGGCCCGAACUUUCUCUCGUCGGACGGUGCGGAUGAAUCGCAGGGACGGCAAAAGAGCAUUGCGUUCGAGGCCAAUGGCUACUACGCGAAACCCGUGCCCAUCAAGAUCCCCAAGACUUUCGAGCCACUUCCUUCUUUGCUUUUGGAGAACCCCAUGAAUCUGCUGUAUUUUCAUCAUUUUCUGAACCACACUGCUCGCAUCCUUGUCCCACAUGACUGCGAGCAGAAUCCUUUUCGCAACAUUCUGCCGCAGCUGGCUGUAACUGACGACGAUCUCCUGGGCCUUCUCCUAGCAUUCUCAGCAAGCCACAGGGCGCGCCUACUUUGCCACCCCGAGCCGGCAAAUCGGAUAGCUGUUUGGGUGCAAGAUGUGUUUCCCAGACUUCGGCGCGCUUUGGACAGCACCGAGCAGAUAUCCGAUUCGAACCUGUGCACCGCCAUUAUGCUCGCUUCAUUGGAGGUUAUAUCACCGAACGCCUUCGAGGUGCCGAUUUCCUGGCAAUCUCACCUCAAGUUGGCCCGCCAGAUGAUCAUCGCCCGCGGCGGCCUCCGGUCUUUGAACCGCGAGGACAAGGUUGCCUAUUUCCUCAGCCGGUGGUUCGCCUACCUUGAUGUCGUCGGCAGCCUUAGUGGCAGCAAGAACGACACCCCGCUCAAUUCGGGCUACCUUGCCGUCGGCGAAGAAGAGUGCAUCCGCGAUGGCCAGAUCGAUUGCCUCCUCGGCUUCACCAACCGCUUCGUUGGCUGCCUCGCGCGUAUCGCGGAACUAGCAAAACGCUGCGAGCCCCUCCGCAUCGAUGAAGCGAGCGGGUGCGUCCGCGAAGGCUGGCAACCGCCUGAAGAUGUCAUCGCUGCUGCAGAGCAGCUACGUAUCGACCUGCGAAACGGAUGCAAGGACGUCGUGUACAAGGGCUGCACGCAUGGCGAUCGAUCGGUCACCAGCUUGCGCCCGGAGGAAGCCAAGGAACCUCCCUGGGACGAGUCGGAAAUAUACGCGAGCAAUGAAGCAUUUCACUGGGCGGGGCUGCUCCACCUUCUACGCCGCGUUCUUGGGCGGCCGCCGUCCGACGGUGAAGUUCAGAAGGCAGUACGCGAGAUCCUAAAGGCGCUUCAGCGGGUACGGCCAGACGGCAGUGCUGGGGCGUGCUUGCUUUUCCCCAUGUUUUCCGCCGGGUGUGACGCGCAAGAGGAGGGCCAGCGCGAAACCAUCUUGGAGAGGCUCAACGCCGUGGAAGGAUUCGGGAUGAGUCAGGUGCAGAGGGCAAGAGAGUUGGUUGAGAGGGUCUGGAGCUCUGGGAGGCCGUGGGAGUGCGAGGUCAGAGGGGAGUUCUUUGGGUGA